UCUUUUGGUGACGAAAAGUGCUUGUAGCUGGCCGUACGCCGUAAUUUAGUAGGUUUUUUUUUGGUACUAUGAUGAUUACAUGUGGUAGAAUAUAUUAAUUGUCGGUAAACGAAAAGUGCUAACAACACUUCAGAAAUGAGUUAGUUACAAAGGCGAUGGAUCCAGGGCAAUCGGAGUAUUAUGAGUUUCUUGAUCUGACUGAUAUAGAUGAAAGUGAACGUUGCCAGUUAAACAACACUCUUUUUCCGUCAGAGCAAAGUUCUCAUGAUUUAUCCGACUCUGGAGUUUGGAAUGAAGGUACAUUUGAAUCUGACUGGCUAUCCACAUUAAAUAGUGGAUCCUCUGUACCUCCAUCUGAGUCAGACUUUUCAAUGAACGGGGAUCAUCAAGCAGUUUCACCUCAGUUUGGAGUUGGAUCACAAUGUCCUCCACCAAACACAAUAUAUUCUGCUGCUCCUCCAUACAACAUGCAACCACCAGGAUCCUCUCCGUCACAUAUGUACCAUCUAAUGCAGCCAGCUCCUAUGAGUAAUGUGUAUGUUGGUAAUGUAACUGCCAAUGUGAAUGUUCAUGGUUAUUUGGGACAUUAUGUGCCCUUCAUACCUCAAGGGCAAGUUGAGCAAAUGCCUGAGGUCUCAUCUCAAAGACCCAUACAUAAUCGUGAGCAUAACCCUAGAGGAAGACGCGGUCGAGGUGGACACAACAAGCGUGAUUACCAGCAGCAAAGGUCACAACAAAUUCAGCAACAGCAUGUGCAACAAGACAUGGUGGAUGUACAGCAGCAGCAGCAACCAAAUCACUAUCAGUAUAUGCCCAUACCUUAUCAAUCUGCAUAUUAUCCAACUGGCCCUCAAAGCCAUUUAGCACAACAUGCUACUGGAUCACCAAUCUAUGUUGGUCAACAUGUGCCUAUGUAUGCCCCAAUGCCUCAUUUAUAUCAAUUUCAUCCCGGAAUGGUUUAUUCGCCUGUGAGUGUACCGCCUGAGUAUCAGUUAAUGGAUCCUACUGGCAAAAUUGAAAGUUGUGAAUUAGAAAUGUAUCCCCAAGCUUCUGAAAUACAUCAGCAUAUGAUGGGCAUGAAUAUUCAAGGUGAGGAAAUGUAUAAUUGUUUACCAACCGAAGUUACUAAUCAAGUUUCUGAUUUUCAAAUAAAUCAGAAUGACGGUGCUGUACUAGAUGAUAGCAAUCAGAUUACACCUCUGGGAAUUGAUGGCUCAAAUACUGUUGCGGAAAAUUCAAAUAGAAUUCGAGAAGAAAUUUCUCAGGUUGAUGUUUUAGUAAAUAGUAAUGAGAAUAAAGCGUCUAUUUCUGUUGAAUAUCCACCUUCUAUUGUUGAGACUUCAUCCAUAAUUGUGGAAAAUAGUAAAGAGGUUAGCCUAAAGCAAUCUGUUCCAAUUACAAAUGCAGCCGCUAUUACUUCUAUUGUAGAACCAAUAGAAUAUGCAUCUGUUGCGGAUGCUGCUGAAGGUGUUGCUGACACUAAUAUGAUGGCUGCUACAGUUGCUAGUGUUGCAGGUGCUGGAGAUGCUACUGUUAUGGAUGCUUCAGAUGCUAUUGUUGCAGGUGCUGCAGCUAUCUACUCUUCAUCACAACAUGCUUCAAAUCCAAAAUCAAAGGGACUUUUUGUAAAUAAUAAAGACAUAGUAAAAACAGGAGUUGGUCGAAAAUCAACAAAACCUUCACAAAACAAAAGCUCACAACAAGCACUUACAAAAGAGAAUACCAUGACUGUUCCUGCUCUACAACCACAGGAAGUUCAGAAACUCCAAUCAAGCAAGAUAAAUGACAAUAGACCAAAAUCUCAAACUCCUCCUAAUUCAGUGUGGAAUAAACCAAUAAAUGUGAAAUCAAAUACAACUAAACCGAACAAUAAUGAGAAUAAAGGCAGUGAAGUUAAUAAAAGCUUAGAACCAGCAUUUGAACAAUUGCAAGCUGAAACAAGUGUUGCUGCUUCACAGAGUAAAUCUUGGGCUAGUUUAUUUAACAAUUCAAAAAAUUCAGUUAUCAAACCAAUGGCUGUGGUGCAACCAUUAGAAAAUAGCAUGACUGCAGGAGCUCAAAAUCAAAUUACCCAAAAAAGCAAUAAAUCACAAGUUACUGUACAUACUACUAGUGACAAUACUUCAACAUUUUUAAAUGAUCCUAAUUCAUACAGAGCUGGAGAAUUUCUUUCAAAGUACAAUCUGGAUAAUAGAACUGUUAGCUUACAACCUAGAGGAUUAACAAAUCGGUCCAACUACUGUUAUAUAAAUUCUACUUUGCAAGCUCUUUUGGCUUGUCCUCCAUUAUAUAAUUUGCUAAAGGCAUUACCCCAUCAAAUCUCCAAGAAAAGCAAAAGCUCAACCCCUGUGCUAGAUGCUAUGACUCAAUUAGCUUAUGAGUUUAUGCCUUUGCCUCCUGGUGCUCGAGUUGGUCGUCGUGAAAAAGGUCACCAGCGUAAAGAUGAAUUACCAGAUGUGUCCACAGGUCCACCAUUUGAACCAUUGGUUAUUCACAGAAUGCUUAGUGGUUUCCAUCCAAAUACUUUCCAGGUUGAAGGAAGACAAGAGGAUGCAGAAGAGUUUUUGAGUUGCCUUCUUAAUGGAUUAAAUGAUGAAAUGGUGGAGAUGUUCAAUUUCAGGACUCAAUUAGCUUAUGAGUUUAUGCCUUUGCCUCCUGGUGCUCGAGUUGGUCGUCGUGAAAAAGGUCACCAGCGUAAAGAUGAAUUACCAGAUGUGUCCACAGGUCCACCAUUUGAACCAUUGGUUAUUCACAGAAUGCUUAGUGGUUUCCAUCCAAAUACUUUCCAGGUUGAAGGAAGACAAGAGGAUGCAGAAGAGUUUUUGAGUUGCCUUCUUAAUGGAUUAAAUGAUGAAAUGGUGGAGCUCAUAAAACUAGUAGAACCUGAAGAAAAAGCUCAACUGUCCAAUGGUGAUAUGGUGAAUGGGCAUAGACAGUGUGAUGAUGAUGCUAAUGAUGAUGAUGAUGAUGAAUGGAAGGUAAUGGGUCCAAAAAAUAAAGGUUCUAUAACUAGGCGGUCAUAUUUUGGCCGUUCACCAAUUAGUGAUAUUUGAGGUCAAUUAAGAUCACGAGUUCAAAGGGCUGGCGAUUUGACGACUGAUAGUGUGCAGCCUUUUUUCACACUUCAAUUAGAUAUAGAGAAAGCGGCAUCUGUCUCACAAGCAUUGGAAUUAUUAGUUGGACGUGAUCAAUUGGAAGGUGUUACUUGUUCUAAAACAAACCAAGAGGUUGAGGCUUGGCAACAAGUCUCUUUAGAAGAACUGCCAGUUGUACUAAUUUUACAUCUAAAGUGGUUUGAUUACAAGUUAGAUGGUUGUACAAAAAUAGUAAAAAAUGUUGAUUUUCCAAUUGACCUUAAAAUAGAUCCCAAGCUAAUGUCAACUAAAACGAAGUAUGCGGUAAAACAGCGUCAAUACAAAUUAUUUGCAGUUGUUUACCAUGAUGGAAAAGAAGCUUCAAAGGGGCAUUACAUUACCGAUGUGUUCCAUGUUGGCUUUAAUGGCUGGAUACGAUACGAUGACAGUGUUGUUAAGGCAGUCACUGAGAAUAUGGUGUUGCAUCCCAGACAACCACGGGUUCCUUAUUUACUUUAUUAUAGAAGGUGCGAUACUAUUGGACCCUCUAACAAUGUUAACCAACGUACUCAUUGAUAUGUCUGA